UCUCUCUCUCUCUCUCUCUCCCCCCACCCCCUCCCUUUCAUUCGCUUUCUGUCUUCUCUUUUCAUGCAGCUGUCUCUUUGAACAGUUGAACUUUAGACACGUUUGUGAGUGGAGCAGUGUCUGUGGACUCUGGUGCAAGCUGGAUUCUCUCAACAAUGACUACAGUGAUUUAGUGUUGUCCUUCGCUCCAAAAGAGACUGAUGCUCUUGUGGAUGUCUUUGAAGACAACCAGGAGGAUAAUCAUCUGACUGAAUUGUUGUUCUCGUGAAUCUCUUCUUAUCGCUUUUCACGAUCACAAGUUUUGCCUUCAGUUUCAAAAGACUCAUGGCUCAAAGUCCCUCCUUCGUCAUAUCCUGCCAUUGUCAUCCCGUGGGCGGACAGGCAAGAGUGAGGAGCUCUUGAGGGGAGCCCGAGGGACCGAGGCAUCAAAAGUUGACCGGUCCGCUAAGAUUUGCCCGAGGGCAUCGCUGAGGACCAUGUGUGCCGCCGUCCUGGAGGAGUACUGUGGUUCUGUGUUCUGGAACUCUUCAUAUGUGGAGAGAGAAGAUCCAGAUCUGCCAGUAUGUUUGGAGCAGACAGUGCUGGUGUGGAUCCCAUUGGGCUUCCUGUGGCUGUGUGCCCCGUGGCACCUGCUGACUCUCUGCAGGAGAACAAAAGACACAAGAUGCCUGUCCAGACUCUAUACCUGCAAACAGGUUGUCGCUUCCCUGCUGUUCCUGACUGCCAUAGCAGGCCUGGCCAUCACAUUAGCGGAGGACUUUGGUCCGAGCCAAGACGUGCCUACAGCAGAAAAGAAUCCUACUGUGUACUAUACAAACCCCAUCAUUUAUGCUGUGUCAUGGGUCAUGGUCCUGCUGUGCCAAGAAGGGUUAAGACGAAGUGGAUCAAUAGAUUCUGCCACCCUUUUCAUUUUUUGGCUCCUCGCGGCUUUCUGUGAUGUUUUCCCUCUGCAGACCGUCAUACGAGCGGCACUCAGACAGGGAGAGAUUGUUGACCUCCCCCGAUUCUGCCUUUUGUGCAUUUCAUUUGGCCUGGAAGUGAUAGCCCUCAUCCUCUCAGGUUUGGCGGACAUCUCUCCAGAUGCCAGGGAGGUUGUGAAAAAGAAUCCAGAGGCAGGUGCACCAUUUUUGAACAGAAUCACUUUCAACUGGUUUAAUAGUAUGGCGAUAAAAGGGUACCGGCAACCCCUGGUUCAGGAGGACAUGUGGGCCUUGAAUGAGGAGGACGCCACGGGUUACAUCAGCCAGCACUUCCAGUACUACAUGCAGACAGAGUUUGCCGCAGCUCGGCAGCGCUACCAGAAAAAGCUGGCCAAAAAACAAAACAAGCAACCCCAUAAUGAAACAUUUCAAAAUGGACUCUCCAGCGGCCUGGGGAAAGGCAUUAGUCAGGAUGUGUUGAUGAUGGAGGCUAGAGGCAAGAAAGAAGACGAAAAAGCAAAGAAAAGCAAGAAAAAGAAGGAAGAAGAAAACUAUCCCACCUCAUGGCUCAUACCCACCAUCUACAAGACAUUUAAAGGGAUUUUGUUUGAGUCGGCCUUCUUCAAACUUCUACAGGACCUUCUCUCUUUUGUCAGUCCUCAGCUGCUAAAGUUGAUGAUCACUUUCACUCAAGACAAAAGUAGUUAUGCAUGGGAAGGUUAUCUAUACGCGGUGUUGCUUCUGGUGGUGGCCCUUCUGCAGUCUCUCUUCCUGCAGCAGUAUUUCCAGCGCUGCUUCGUGCUGGGAAUGAAGGUCCGGACUGCUAUCAUGGCUGCCGUUUACAAAAAGGCACUGGUGGUCUCGAAUGACACUCGUAAAGAGUCCACGGUCGGCGAAACGGUGAACCUGAUGUCUGCUGAUGCCCAGCGCUUCAAUGACGUGACGAACUUCAUCCACCUGCUAUGGUCCUGCCCCCUGCAGAUCGCCCUGUCCAUCGUGUUCCUUUGGCAAGAGCUCGGACCUUCAGUGUUGGCUGGACUUUUGGUCAUGAUUCUCAUGGUGCCAAUUAAUGGACUGCUGGCCACCAAGGCUAGAAAAUUCCAGAUUGAGAACAUGAAAUUCAAAGACAAGAGACUGAAAAUCAUGAAUGAAAUACUCAACGGGAUGAAGAUUCUGAAGCUGUAUGCAUGGGAGCCAUCCUUCCAAGCUCAGGUUCAAGGAAUCAGAGGCCAAGAACUCAACGUCAUGAAGAAGUUUGCUUACCUCACAUCUGUCUCCACAUUCAUUUUCAGCUGUGCUCCAGCUCUGGUGUCUUUGGCCACCUUUGCUGUGUUUGUAGUCGUCAGCUCAGACAAUGUGUUGACCGCCGAGAAGGCGUUCACUGCCAUCUCUCUCUUCAACAUCCUUCGAUUCCCUCUGGCCAUGCUGCCCAUGCUCAUCGCUGCUAUUGUGCAAACAACGGUGUCCAGAAAGCGUCUUGAAAAGUUUUUGGGAGGUGAAGACCUUGAAAGUGAUGUCGUGCGCCAUGACCCCAGCUUCAGUUCUGCUGUUAAUGUUUGCAAUGGUUCCUUUUCAUGGGAAAAAGAUGGCGAGCCCCAACUUAAAAACGUCAAUUUGGACAUCAAGCCGGGUCGGCUGGUCGCAGUCGUGGGAGCUGUCGGCUCGGGCAAGUCCUCUCUGAUGUCAUCCAUUCUGGGAGAAAUGCAUAGCACCAAAGGCUUCAUUAACAUUCAGGGUUCACUUGCCUUUGUACCACAGCAAGCAUGGAUCCAAAAUGCCACCCUGAGGGAUAACAUCAUGUUUGGCUCUCCCCUUGAGGAGAAGCGAUAUCAAGAAGUGAUCCAGGCCUGUGCCCUGGCUCCGGAUCUAGAGCUUCUCCCUGGGAGUGACAUGACUGAGAUUGGGGAGAAAGGCAUCAACCUGUCUGGUGGUCAGAAACAGCGUGUGAGCUUGGCCAGGGCAGCGUACAGUCAGGCUGACAUUUAUCUGCUGGAUGACCCUUUGUCUGCUGUGGACUCUCACGUGGGGAAGCACCUUUUUGAAAAAGUGAUUGGACCUAAGGGAAUACUUAAAGACAAGACACGUAUUCUAGUGACUCAUGGAGUGAGCUUCCUGCCUCAUGUGGAUGAAAUUGUAGUCCUGGUCGACGGAGUGGUUUCUGAAGUUGGAUCUUACAACAGUCUGCGUGCUAGCAAAGGCGCCUUUUCCGAAUUUCUGGACACGUACGCCAAAGAGCAGAAUAAUAAAAAUCCCGACAAGUCUGAGUCAGAGCAUGGCCUUGGUGUUGCUGAUGAGGACCUGGUCCCAGAGGGAGAUGACACCCAACCUGACUCCCCAUUAGAAGACACUGUCACUGCAACUCUAAAAAGGGGGAACAGCAUCCGCCGCAGCCAGCGCAACAGCAGUUUUAGAGCGGCAAGAAACGGCUCCAAGAGGAAAUCUGGAAAUGUCGAAGAAAUAAACAAAGGCCAAAGGCUAAUCGAGAAGGAAGCUAUGGAAACAGGACAGGUAAAAUUUUCAGUCUACCUCCAGUACCUGCGGUCCAUGGGCUGGGGAUAUACUGCCGCAGUCUUCCUGGUGUACUUCAUCCAGAACAUUGCAUUCAUUGGCCAGAAUAUCUGGCUCAGUGACUGGACAAAUGAUGCAGCGAGGUACUACAACAUGACAUACCCUGCAGAAAAGAGAGACACCAGGGUGGGAGUCUUUGGCGCUCUGGGAGUGAUUCAGGGCUUCUUUGUGUUCCUUGGUACUCUUCUUCUCGCCAAUGCCUCCGUUGCAGCAUCUCGAAUCCUGCAUUCAAGGCUGCUCGACAACAUACUACGUGCGCCAAUGCUUUUCUUUGACACCACGCCCAUUGGGAGGGUUGUCAACCGCUUUGCAAAGGAUAUAUUUACAAUAGAUGAGGCCAUCCCACAAUCCUUCCGCUCUUGGAUCUUAUGUCUGUUGGGGGUUCUGGGGACCCUUUUUGUUAUCUGUCUGACCACUCCCUUCUUCACCAUUGUCAUCAUUCCCCUGGCGGUGAUUUACUUCUUUGUCCAGCGCUUCUAUGUUGCAACAUCAAGGCAGCUACGCCGGCUCGACUCAGUGUCUCGCUCUCCCAUUUAUUCCCACUUUGGCGAGACUGUGUCAGGCCUGUCUGUGAUAAGAGCGUACGGCCAUCAAGAAAGGUUCCUCCAGCACAAUGAAGCCACCAUGGAUGAAAACCUAAAGACCGUCUACCCGUGGAUAGUGUCAAACAGAUGGUUGGCAAUUCGUUUGGAGUUUGUAGGGAAUCUGGUGGUGUUUUUUGCUGCUCUGCUUGCGGUUAUUUCCAGAGAUAGUCUGGACAGCGGCAUGGUUGGCCUUUCCAUAUCCUACUCCCUCAAUGUAACCCAAACCCUGAACUGGCUUGUUCGGAUGACGUCAGAGCUGGAGACCAAUAUUGUCGCUGUGGAGAGAGUGAGUGAAUACAGCAUCAUUGAAAAUGAGGCCCAAUGGGUAACUGACACUCGGCCAGCAAAGGAGUGGCCUGAUGCAGGAAGACUGCAGUUUGAAAACUACAAGGUCCGUUAUCGACCCGGUUUGGAUCUGGUGCUGCACGGCAUCUCCUGUGAUAUUAGCUCCACUGAGAAGAUUGGAAUUGUGGGCCGCACAGGAGCCGGGAAAUCCAGUUUGACCAACUGUUUGUUCCGAAUCAUCGAAGCUGCUGAGGGUCGUAUCCUCAUAGACGGUGUUGAUAUUUCCAAAAUAGGUCUACAUGACCUAAGAAACAACCUCACUAUCAUACCACAGGAUCCAGUGUUGUUUUCCGGAACCUUGAGGAUGAACCUGGAUCCCUUUGAUAGAUCCAGUGAUGAGGACCUCUGGAAAGUGCUGGAGCUCUCCCAUCUUAAGGAGUUUGUGGCAGGGCUUCCGGAGGGAUUGCAGCAUGAGGUUGCAGAAGGAGGAGAAAACCUGAGUGUUGGACAACGGCAGCUGCUGUGUCUGGCCCGCGCAUUGCUCAGGAAAUCUCGCAUAUUAAUCCUGGAUGAGGCCACCGCAGCUGUGGACCUGGAGACAGACAACCUGAUCCAAACGACCAUCAGGAAAGAGUUUGCACACUGUACCGUUCUCACCAUCGCACACCGCCUGCACAGCAUCAUGGACAGUUCCAGGGUGAUGGUGCUCGAUGCUGGUAGGAUAGUGGAGUUUGAUUCGCCAAAUAAUCUGCUUGAAAAACAAGGUCAUUUCUAUGCCAUGGCAAAGGAUGCUGGGAUAACACAAGCAGAAAUUACAAGUCUUUGAUGUGAAUGUAUUUUAAAAGAAAAGAUUGCUUAAAUUUGCUUUGAAGUUUCAUUUUUUUUAAUGUUGUACUGUACAUUGACAGAAACGUUUUUGUAUUCAUCAUAAACACAAUCAUACAUGUAAAUAAUUCUAUAUACACUGUAUACAGAAAAUAAAUAUGAAUAAAUGUGUUUUCUCAA